GGUUUUAUUAUAUGCAAGAAUAUUAGCAUUUUUUGUCAUGAAUUGCCAUUGGUUCUAAAGAAGUAUUACUACAAAAUUAUAUUUUCUUAUUGAUGACAGAAUAUUACACACUGAAUAACAUUAUUUUUGUAUUUAUUUUUUUAUGAAGGAUUUGUCUUAUUAAGAACCCAUUGACCCUAAUUCUGGGGCCAUUCAUGCAGUGUUUAGGCAUAAUUCUACUGUUCCCCCUCGUUUGAUCUCCACGAUGCAAUACAUUGAAUAUACUUUAGCAUAGCCUAGAUGCAUACACACUAUUUUAAAUAAGUUAUGUUUAACAAAGUUCGUUUACAUUGGCUACAAUAGCACUAGCCCAUAGACUCUAUUCUCCAUUAGUACAUUAUUGGGCUACAGUAGCACAUCCAAUGACAAUUUUUACAUAUUUAUUCCAGAACAAUUGGCUACUCACCCUGUUUUUAAUUUGGUGUCUUGUACCCUUCGCUACGUAGGAAAGUGAAUGUUCUUUUUUAAAUGUGAGAACAUGAAAAUGUUGGCUAUUGUCCUUCACGGAAAAUUGCUGUGGCUCUUUCCAUUCCUUUCCAAACGUCAAAAUGAAUGCUAAUGGUGGAUAUAACCUACAUUAAUACUAUUUCGUUUGUAAAUGAACGUAUUCCAUUAUAUGUAAAUAUUAAAUUAAUAUCCACAAUAAGAGACCCUCGCUCACUGGCUUAAACUCUGAGAAGUGCGAAACUGCUUGUGGGUCCCAGUCCUGAAGAGCAUCCCGGAGAGUUGCGUGCGAAGGGCAUGCCAGGUCAUUGGGAUGAAUCCGCCACCUGGAAUUUAACGCCACCCAAUCGGGUAUAUAACAUCAACCACAUCCCUGACAAGAAGACCGCCGACUGAUAAAGCACAUUUACUGAGAGCUGUAUUGUAUGCCUCUAGUUGAGUUCUUUUUGUUAAACUUUAUUCACAAAUUAUACAUUUACGGGGCUCUAGACGGUUGAGGACUGCCUAUUAACUUUGAUUUGUAAAUUGAUUGGAACAGCCUUUAGAUGAUGAUUCCACCCGGGGACUGCUUAUAUGCUGGGAGGAAGAGAAGGAAGCCCAUCCCAAAACAAAAACAGACAGCGGCCAGCCAGAAGACCAACCCGUCUAAGAGGCACCGUGACCGUCUGAAUGCAGAGCUGGAGCGGUUGGCCAGUCUCCUACCCUUCACCCCAGACAUCAUCUCCAAACUGGACAAGCUCUCAGUGCUGCGCCUCAGCGUCAGCUACCUCCGGGUCAAAAGCUUCUUUCAAGCCAUCCAAGAGAAGCCAUGCAGAAAGCACAUCAUGGAGUCGCCUGUGAACCACCAGGAUACCAGGAAAGAGAGCCUGUCCAUGGGGACCUCGGGGACCAGCAGCAGCGUGGUGGAGAGUGACCUCUUACUGGAGUCCCUGACUGGGUUUGCCUUGGUGGUGAGCACAGAUGGGUUGAUCUUCUACACCUCCACCUCCAUUGUGGACUACUUGGGCUUUCAUCAGACGGAUGUGAUGCACCAGAAUGUUUUUGAUUAUAUCCAUGUGGAAGAGCGGCAGGAGUUCAGAAGACAACUCCACUGGGCCAUGAACCCCGGGCCCCAGGGGGCCUCCCUGGACCAGCACUCAGCCACAGGAAUUGGUGAUGACCUUGUGAUGAGCAGUCUCUUCCAUGCCCAGGAGCCUGACGGUGUUCCUCUAGAGCGCACCUCCUUCCUCACGCGCUGUUUCAUUUCCCGAGUCCGUUGCUUGCUGGACAGCACCUCAGGCUUCCUGAGCAUGCAGUUCCAGGGCAGCCUGAAGUUCCUGCAGGGCCAGAAGCAAAAAACAGACUCCGGGGCACUGCUGCCCCCCCAGCUGGCCCUGUUCUGUGUGGCCGUGCCCCUCAUGAUUCCCUCCAUCACAGAGCCGAAGAUGAAGAACACGACGAUCAGGAACAAGAACAAGGCCCCCGUCAUCCCCACACCAGAUAAGCACAGUGACAAGAGGCAUCGAAACACCAGAGGUUCAUGUGACAGCAGUGACUUAUUGCUUCUGAAUUGGUCCAGCAGCUCUACCAGAGACCCCUGCCACUAUACCCCAUGGGCACCCCUCUCCAAAGACGGCAUCAGGUAUAGGAACAAUGGUUACUACACCCAGGAGGAGCCCAUCAACUUCUGCCUGUCUUCCAUGGGUGGUGGGCCCAAAGCUCAGAGCGUGAAUCAUCCAUGGGACAUCCGCACCGGGUCCACCAUAAGAAAGGGCCCCAGCAGCAGCUACAUACCAUGCAGACAAGGCAAGUACAACAACCUGGGAAAGUCUGGAGCUUACAGGAUGUCUCCAGGAUAUCACGCUAAAAGACAGGAUGCCUCUCAGAACAAACUGUACGGAGGCCUCCACAGCCCAGAGGCGGAGAGCUUCUGUGAGGACGGCAUGAAGGCAGACAACAACUACAUGGGCGGCCAUCUUGACUGUUACAAUGGCAUGGUGUUGCCUGAAACAGCCAUAAAGACAGAGCAGGACUCUGACUCUGAGAACGGUUGCAACAUCUACGGCAUGCCCCACAACCUAGCCUGGGUGGGGAAUGAGAAGCGCUACAGCAUGGCCUACUCAGAAGAACCACAGGUGAAGUCGGAGGCUGACUACUAUGACCAAUACACCACCUGCCAAAGGAACAAGUCCAACAUGAGCCCAACGCUCAACGGAUACCACAAAUACAUAUACCCAGUGGGGAGCAGGGCUCAGAAGGAUCAUAGGAUACCUCACUCAGACCCUCUGUGUAGCAGUCAGGGAGCAAACUGUAUGGUCAGCAAUGUGUAUGGGAAUGGUACUGUGGAGCAUAAAGGCUACAUACAGCAAGACAACAAACUGAACUACGAGUUCAGGAAUCAUCUGGUCCACUCUAUAAAAAGGGAACCCAUGGACUCCCCUACUUGGUCUGACAAUGGACAUGACAUUAGCCAAAUACCCCUGCAGAGAAAUAUGAUUCGCAACUGUGCAUUGAAUGAUAUUGUACACAAACAAAACCCAUAUAUCUACAUGCAAUGAGGUCAAUGGAAAAUCUCAUAAACCAUCUGGGCACCACCUUGCUUCUUUAUUGUAUUGAUGCAUAAUAUGGCAGGGUGGGUAGUUAUUUAAUCUCAGGUAAUCAGCAGUGUUACAAAGCAAAAAUAUAUGGAAGCAAGGAGAGGUGUUUUAAUAAGGACUUUGUACAUAAGACACACAAGAUAAAUUGAACUUUUUUUCAGAUUUACAGGACCAGUCAAAAGUUUGGACACCUACUAAUUCCAUGGGUUUUCUUUUAUUUUUUUUUACAUUGUAGAAUAAUAGUGAGGACAUCAAAACUAUGAAAGAACACAUAUGGAAUCAUGUAGUAACCAAAAAAAGUGUUCAAAUCAAAAUAGAUUUGAGAUUUUAUAUUCUUCAAAGUAGCCACCUUUACCUUGAUGACAGCUUUGCACACUCUUGGCAUUCUCUCAACCAGCUUCAUGAGGUAGUCGCCUGGAUUGCAUUUCAAUUAACAGGUGUUGCUUGUUAAAAGUGAAUUAAAUGAAUUAUUCUUUGAUAGGUUGAAUUAAUGUAUUAUUUUAACAGUGAGUUUGUCAUUUUUGUGUUAUAAAUUGAGAUUUAACAAAGCGUCACUUAACAGCUAUUUACACACAUUAAUGUCUAAGGCGGUAUCUGAACAUAAUAAUGUCCAAAUGUAUUGCACAGCAAUACUGUUAAUUUAUGUUUGUGGUCCAUUGUUAUAUUUGUACAUUUUUGUAAAAUUGUAGUACAUUCAAAAGAAAUGUUAGGAACUGUAGUUCUGUUUUAUGAAGCCAAUGUUUUAUUAUGUUUUGAAAAGAUUGAAAAAAAUACAGUAUGUGAAAUUAUGACAUGUUCCCUUACAUAUUCCAUAGCUGCAUAGCUGCAACAUUUCUACAAUUUCUAUUAUGCUGUUUUUAAAAUAAAAAUCUGUAAAUGAA